CGUCGCCUGAUCCAUGCGAUGUUGGGCAACUUAACGGUCGCGGAUGCGAGUGACGGGUGGAUCUCGUCUCCGGAUUAAAAGCGUGUCAUGUCGCUGGCGUCGGUCGGUCUUUUUGCAUCGACUCCGUAGCGAAAAUUCCACCCCGGCGGUCGUUGCAUAUCCGAGAUGGCAAAUUCUCCAUCGCAAACGAGAGGCGCAAUUUGCUCUCUCGAUGAAUUCCUCCAGGUGUCGUUCGACUACCUCAUCGUGGGCGGUGGUACAGCUGGCCUGACUCUCGCCGCCCGCUUGAGUGAAGACCCGUCAGUCACCGUGGGAGUUAUAGAAGCAGGAAAAGACCAAACGAAAAAUGAGUUCGUGCGCACGCCGGCCAUGUUUCCGCAGAUGCUGGGAAUCCCGGAGUACGAUUGGAUGCUGGAGACUGUGCCUCAGAAAUGGAACGGCAACAAGGUACAUGCUAUGACUCGAGGCAAGAUGCUCGGCGGAUCAAGUGCGACGAAUGGCAUGAUGUAUGUUCGUGGUCACAAACAAGACUUCGACGACUGGUCAGCCUUUGGAAAAGGAUGGUCAUGGUCCUCUGUAGCUCCGUAUUUCCGAAAGCACGAGUCUCUCGAGGACAACAGGUCCGGUGAGCCGGGUGACUUCUCUUUCCUGAACUUCGGAGAGAAAUCCCACGGAGAGUCUGGCCCUGUCUCGACGAGUUUUAACAACUGGCGAAACCCGCUUGAGCGCUACUUCAUCGAAGCCGCUAAGACAGCCUCUGGAAUGCAGAACAGCCCUGCAGACCCUUGGGGAGGAGACCAUCUGGGGUUCUUUUCCUCCUUGUUAACCGUGGACCGGAGCAAAGACAAGGGCACACGCAGUUACGCUGCAAGUGCGUACUUGCUGCCGAAUGCUUCGCGCCCGAACCUGAAGGUCUUGACGGAGGCGCUUGCGUUGAAUGUGAUUCUCGAGGGCAAUUCUGCACAAGGAGUCCGUAUUUCGCAUACGGGGCGAGAAUACGAUGUCCGAGCGACAAGGGAGGUGAUUCUCUCCUGCGGCACCUAUAAAUCACCACAGCUGCUUGAAUUAUCUGGCAUCGGGAAUCCGUCUAUUCUGGAAUCUGCUGGAAUUAAAUGCGCUGUGCCGUUGCCUGGAGUGGGCGAGAGCCUGCAAGACCAUGUACUCUCGGCCACUACUUACGAACUCAAAGAAGGGACGGUUUCAUUCGAUUCCCUUCGCAAACCAGAAGUCCUCCAACAACACCUGGAUCUAUAUGCCAAGGAGCGUCGUGGUAUUCUGGCUGCAGGAACCGGCUGCAUGGGCUUUCUGCCCUACUCAUCUCUGGUCUCACCUCAAGAAGUCACCACGACCUGCGAUAAAGUUCAACAGAUUCCCAACACUACCUCCUUCCAACAACGCCAGCUCGAGCAAGUCGCCUCCCAGCUACGAAGCCCUUCAUCUGGAAACAUCCAAUAUAUCCUCUUCCAAGGCACCAUGAACGUCGACGAAGUGAUCCAAGACCAGGGGAAAUUCGCCAAACCCGGUACCCCGAGCGAUCCCGAUGGUUUCACGCUCGUCACUUGCCUGCAGUACCCGGCCUCGCGAGGAACAGUCCAUAUAACCAGUUCGGACCCCACCAAAAACCCUGCCGUCGAUCCGGCGUAUCUCAGUAAUUCGGCGGACGUCGAUGUCCUCGCUGCGGCUAUGGGAAUGUGCGAGAAAAUCGUCAACUCUGCGCCGCUGAAGGACAAAAUCCAACGGCGCAUGCACCCGGCUCCAAGCGUGCAGCUGGGCGAUAGGGAGCAGGCCAAGGCUGCCGUAAGAGACUUCUGUAUGACGGAGUAUCAUCCGUGCGGAACGUGCGCCAUUGGCCAGGUAGUAGAUGAGCGGUUGAGAGUGAACGGAGUGAAAGGAUUGCGAGUUUGUGACGCGAGCGUUUUCCCGGGGAAUGUGAGCGGGAAUAUCUUAUCGAGCGUGUAUGCUGUGGCGGAGAGAGCAGCGGAUAUGAUCAAGGAGGAUGGGUCAAAGGCCAAAGCGUUGCUCUGAGGAAAUACAUUUCCGGUUCCCUAUAUUUGUCUUUCGGGCGUAGAAUCCGUCGCCGUCUAAUGUCUGAGCCCGCUGACUUCCUCUGACUACAAGAUGAUGUCACACCGCUGAUAUAAUGCGGUGUUUCUGAAUUGUGAUAACUGCUUCUUCCUUCUUCAUUCAUAUCUGUGAAGCUUUCAAUAAGAAGUCGCAUCGAGCCUACUGAAAUCGCAUCGAGUCUGAC